CCAUAAAACCUUGCACCUCAAACGCAAAACUUCAACUCAGCCGUAGUCAGUCUUUCUAAUCGCUUCGCUCGCACCUCACACGAUGUUCUUAGUCAUAGUUCUUGCGAUGGCUUGCUCCAGCGCUGCGGAAACUUCCAGGGCCAAACCGGGCCAGUUCGGCGAUCGUAUCGUUGGCGGCCAACCCGUCAACAUCACCGAGUACCCGUACCAGGUGUCCCUGCAGCGGAAUCUUCGUCACUUUUGCGGCGGUUCCGUACUCAACGAACACUGGAUCUUGACGGCGGCCCAUUGUACUAAAAGUAUAGCCAACGCCACGACGUUGAAGAUCCGCGCCGGUUCCACGAACGUUCGCGACGGUGGCGUCCUGGUCACGGUCCGGGACAUCUACUUCCAUCCGAAGGAGAACUCGUGGAACGACUACGACUUUUCGCUGUUGCAACUGGCCGGGCCACUACAGCUGGGUGAGGCGGUUCAACCGGUAGCUCUGCCGGCGCCGGAGACUACGUUCGAGGACGGAACACUGUGCCGGGUUUCCGGCUGGGGUAAUACGAAAAACGCAAGUGAGUCAUCGCUCGAUCUACGGGCGGCGACGGUUCCGUUGUACAACCAGGACCGGUGUAGUAAGGUGUACGCAGGGUAUGGAGGUGUUAGGGGCAGUAUGAUCUGCGCGGGCUUUGAGGAAGGAGGCAAGGACUCGUGUCAGGGAGAUUCCGGUGGUCCGUUGGUUUGUGACGGCAUCCUGGUCGGAGUGGUGUCCUGGGGUAGAGGUUGUGCCGAGGCCGGCUAUCCAGGAGUGUACGGGAGGGUUACCAGCGCGGUCGACUGGAUUGCGGAAACAAUGAAUGAAGUAGUUCUUGAUGGUCGUGUUUAACCUUUGGAAGCCUGUAUAAAGAAAGUACAAGAUCCAUUUGAAUUUAA